AUGUCUUUGGCAGAACUCUUAAAUGAGCAGUACGAAGCAUACACCCAAGAAGUGUCGACUGCCAUAUUUUCCAAGAUCAAAAUCUUCAUCCAGAAACUCGACGCAUACAACCAAGAGUUCCAAGUCGAGUACCAACCAGUCUACAAGAAGCUAGAAUAUGUUGCCACUGACAUGCUUGCUGCAGCUCCAGCUUGGCCAAGCUUUGACCAUGAAUUUCUUGUCAGAGAUGUUUUUGAUGGAGUGCAAUCCUACACCACGAAGGAACCAUUCGUCCCAGCAGCAGUUCCACCGUUGCUAUCCCUUGAGGACGCUCAAUCGAUUGCAAUGGAGGUAUUGGACUCGACCACGUUUGGUGUCAUCAUCAUUGCCCUCCUCGUCGCUGCUGUGACUAUCAUUUAUGCCAGCAGUAUCAUUGAUCAAGGGAUCAUGUCAAUGGAAGAAUUAUCCAUUGUCUUAGAGACUCCCCCCUUUGUCCAUGACUGA